AUGGCGACGUCCGCCUUAGAGCUCUCGCAUGCUAUUGAUCUUUUCCUCCACAAAGACCGCACUUCAUAUUUCGAUACUGAUGCAACAGAGUCUGUCACAUCGCAAGAGACUACUGCACUUCCUCCCUUACUCCCAUCUUUCCAUUGGGACCUGCAAACGACAUGCAAGCCAAUGCUUCCCGCCUUUCAGUACAUCUCUCACAAGCUCUAUCAACGCGAACUUUCCGUCGCUCUCAUCAUUUCCGAUCACGAACCCCACGUUAUACCGGUGUGGCCUCUCCCACGGAGAUCUCAGCUCAUAUUCGCCAAGAUCAUCCGCAAAGCAUGCAGGAAGUUCGGCCUAGAGCCCAGCUGGUUGACAGCGGUCGCUUCAGUCUCCAACAAAUGCCUACCAAAGGUCUUCGAAGCGUACCAGCCAGACUCAUAUAUCGUACGGAGGUCUAUCGUUCAGAACGAUAUCAUAUUCAGCGACGAAGGCCUCACCUUGCUAAGCAUGGACAAUAUCUACACAUUCAAGCAGUUGCUCUGCACUCUUUCCAAGCCAGAUUGGGUCGCAAAUUCCCGUGACGUGUGCCUCUCUUCCUGUGUCCAUCUGCUACAGCGAAUCAACGAAGUCUACACAGAUCCAAAAUUGUCAAGAGGGUAUUUAGCACGAGUGUACAAAGAAGUGGAGUUUAAGCAAAAAGCGUUUGAGGAAGUGACUUCUGCAUUCUCCACAAAUUACUGCACGGCAAGCAUUAGAGAUGUCACGAUGCUUGAACCGGACUACACUGCUUUGACGGACAUGGCUCUUGACUGGGAAAGCGAUGACGAUGGAGACGCUGCGGAACUACCAGACACAUCCACCACCCGCGAUCCCAGCAGUGACUCCGAUCAGAUAAUCAGCCCAAUAGCAACAGUCGACCUAAGCACGCUCGACUCAUGGGAAACGGAUACACCCCCGCCAGCCGAUAUGAUCAGUCCUCUAGAAGGAGUCAGAUACCCAACCAUCCAAAGACCAUCCUCAGUGCGCGAAUCCCUCGUCGACCCCAUGGCGCCUUGGUCCUUUCCCAUACCUCCACCCUUACGAUCUCUGAAGAGCCGACGGGCGAUAGAGAGACAGAACGCCGAGCCGCCCGCGCCUGCUUCGGCACCUUUGCGACGGGCGUCCGAGGGUGACUCGCAGCCGCCUUCGAAGCCGACGGAUUCCUGGAGUUCGUCGGAGGUCAUGCAAAGUCCACUGGGAUGGUUGGAGAGUUGGAGUACCAAUGCGCCCAGUCUUCUGUGCCAAAACUGCCACGAUACCAUCAAUUUCGACGUGGGAAGGAGGUUUACGCUUGCUUGA